CACGGGCAGAGYACUGGCUGUGGCCGCUGCUUCGCCGCUCACACGCCGCACGUCCCGCACUCAGCUCUUCUCUGGACCCACACAGUUCUGCCGGAUUCCCCGCAGAACAAAGGAGGAGGAACGACCAGCCGCCGCAUCCUGAGGACGGUCAGUGAUGGUCAGUGCUGGUUAGAGCCCGCAGCUGAGGAUGUCUGCUACAGAUUCGGACAACUCCAUUGACUGGCUGGCUAGUGACAAUGAGGAGAACGACAGCGAACAAGAGCCCGACUGUGCUUCGAAGAACGCUCAGGCGGAGGCUGCUCCGUCCCCCGGCAGCCCUCCCCGCCCGGGCCUGUCUGACGGCGGCAGGCCCAAGGAGGGCGGCGGUGACUGGAGCGAGGUCUCCAGCCGGGGAUCUCCUCGCCGCCUUGAGAAAACAGACAGAGACGCUGCCGUCGGGCUGUAUAGAACCCAACGUGGAGAGAAGGUGACCGGCAAGAGCACUCAGCCGGUGAAGAGACCUCACAGCUCCGCGGAGGAGCAGAGCAAGGAGCGGCAGCUCAUUUCGUCAGAGAAGGAUCAAAUGUUUAGCAGCAAGUGCGUGGAGCUACAGUGCUACAUUCAUCCACUGUCAUCAAUCUUGAAUGGCCUUCGUUCAGGGAGAUACAAAGAAAGACUCAGCAGCUUCCAGGAGAGCGUGGCCAUGGACCGGAUUCAGAGGAUCAUGGGAGUCCUGCAGAACCCCUUCAUGGGAGAGAAAUACGUCGAUAUCAUUCUGAAAAUGGAGGAGAUGUUAAAGAGCUGGUUCCCUCACGUAAAACUCCAAGAACAACUCGCCGCUACCCAAACAGAUGGAGCCGUUCCAAGCAAGAGGCUGAAGGCAUCUCCAGUGGCCACGACUGCAGCAGUGAACCCAGUCACCCUCGGUGAUCUUCCAGCUGGCUCCAAAGCCCUGAGAGUCACAGACCUGACUCCUCCCGGAGCCUACUCUGCCAGUAACCUGAAGUGGCUCCACACGUCACCCAUCUGCUCCCCGACCGCAGAGGAGGCCCAGGCUGGUCCCAGGCACCUGCUGCUCCCCAGAGACAGAGACCUAACGCAGGACAACGCCGUGUCCUCCAGCACAGACUGCCACACUAAUAAGUCAGACUCCGUGCCCAGAGGCCCUCCGCCGGGCAAAAUCAACGCGCCCUGCCUGGAGAGGCUUCUGAAAUCCACGGACAGCAUCGUCGCGCGCAAGGGGACGGGGGGGUUGACGGGCAGCAGCUGGUCCUAGUCCACGAACAAGGCUGGGAAGUCCGGCUGUGAUCAGUGCCCUCCCCCGGCCCUGCUGGGAGCCAAUCAGCUCGCUCAGUUCAUUCCAGCCUUUCAGGAGAACCGGGAGCACUCAAAUAAAAAAAAAAAAAAUAAAACAAAGAAGGGAUCUUCUUCAGCGUGCAACAAGUUUCUCGAUGAACUCCCUCCCCCUCAGACACGAGACGCAUCCGCCUCUGUUUUUUUUUCUCUUUUUUAUUUUUAUUUUUAUUUUAUUCCCUUCGCCCUCUCCUUGUUUCUGUGUUUGCACUCUUGAAUGUGCGAGUGUCGGAUGAAUCGUUUUCACACACCUGGAUAACAGCAAGCGAGUGCCGAACGGCUCCCGUUGACUUGUAGGUUUAACGAAUCAGUUUUAAGCAUCUGCGAAAAACUGUGGAUACACCUGAAGGGAGCUGCCCGGUCGGUUUGAGCUGGAAGGAAGCAUCAUUCAGAUAUCCAAACAUGUCAGUGAUAUUACAUAUUAUUGUUCUGAAAAUGUGGGAUAAAAUGUGACGCAGUCCCCCCUCCCCCUCCUCACCUCCACCACCUCCCCCAAAUGACUCCACUCUUUACUUUAUUGAUGUGACUGUUACUCAUUUCUAUUCUUUAUUGAUAAAUCUUUUGGUACAACUGUUCUACCUCAUUUUGCACCACGUCAUGGUUGGCAGAGUAGGAAUGUGAACACUAAAAAAAAGGUCUGAGCGGAUGAGCCAAACAGCCUCAGACAAACAGAGGUGUGCAGKACAAACAGGAUGCUCUCUCUCUCACGCUACAUGGAUGCUCUCAUGACUGGUGCCAUUGUAAAGAAUGUCAGCUGCAGAUUUUUUGUUUUGUUUUCUUUAUUUUAUUUUUUUGUUGUUGCUGUUUUAUUUUUUUAUAUUUUUUUGAGUCUCCCAGUAGAAGGCAAACAGUGCCUGCAACGUCAAGCUGUGCCUGUAAGCCGCUGUAAUGAAGACAGAAGUGUUUAGAGUACCUGUUCCUCUGUGGGAUGUACGAGUCAGGAAAUCUCACUCUCCUGCCGUGUUCCUGUAUUGACUAAAUUAUUCAGAUUUGCCAACUUUUUUUUUUCUGUGGUGGAGUAGAACGAUUCAAACAUUUUGUUUUGCCACAGAACUGGGCGGCACAUUAGACCACCAGAAAGGGACGAGGUAUUAUUAUUUUUUCUUUUUUGUUUGUGCAAAUCUUACAGAAAAGUUGUCAAUUCACCCUGAAAAGUGGCCUUUUACAGUGUGACAUUUUAUACUUUCAAAAUAAAUGUGGUUAUAUUUGUUUGAUGCAAAAA